AUGUCCAACGAGAAUAUUUCGACGGCCAUGUCAUCCAGCAUAGCGGUUCUCUUACCGCCGCUCUUACCUGUCACCGAUAAUGAUCAUGGCGCUUGGGUUAUCACCGUGAGCACUAUUCUACUUAUUAUCACCAUUCUCGCGACAACAGUGACCUUGAUAUCUCGCAUUCGUGUUUUGCGCAAAAUUUCCUGGAGCGAUUCAACUCUAUUUCUCAGUUGUAUCAUAUUUAUUCCUCAGACUGUUUGUGUGAAUGUAGCCAGUUCCCAUGGUAUUGGUAAGCAUCGAUAUGCAUUGAGCAAUGCCUCAUUUGAAAAGUAUAGCCAGACACUCUUCGCUAGUCAUCUUCUCGCCGUUCUCGUCUUAGGGUGCUCCAAGGCCGCCGUUGCACUUCUCGUCCUGUCAUUGCAACCCUUUGAAAAAAUAACGCUUGCAUGCAAGGUUGUUUUGGGCUUGAUCAGUACCUGGGCCCUAGCUGCACUCAUAGCGCUCGGAAAACAGUGCAAUGAACCACAACCGUGGAACUCCAGCCCCGAGCGAUGUGUGAAUCAACAAGUUCUAUAUAUCGCGUUGGGAAGCAUACACAUGUUAUUAGAUGUAGUAAUUAUUGGACUGCCAGUUGCUCUACUACAUCAAGUCCAGAUAAUACGGUGGAAACGCCACCAAAUCUCUGCCCUGUUCGCGACGCGGAUCCUCGUUCUAGCUCUCACCAUUGCUGGUCUACGAUCCCUCCCACCACUCUAUAAUUCCAAACCUCUAGAUGAAACAUGGAAUGCCCUCAUGCCAGCCAUCUGGCUACAAUUAAUCCUCAGCUCCUCAAUUCUCUGCACCUGCAUCCCGGCCCUCAAACGUGUCCUCGCCGAGCUCCAGACAGGCAUGAUGGCCGGUGUGGUUUCGGACUUUUUUGAGAAUUCCGUUUCGGGUCACACCAACUCAGGAGAUCGAUCAACAUCCAAAUUAAUUGUUUAG